CGGGAACCCACUGCAAAUGGCCUGGUCAACCAGAACAAUGAUGUCACUUGCUCUGUACACCUGUUUCCUCUGGCUCCUCACCAGUGGCCUCAAGACUGUCCAAUCCUUGCAUGAUUCUCACCGAGGCCUAGCUCCUACUAAUGUUGACUUUGCCUUCAAUAUGUAUCGUCACCUAUCGACCUUGGAUCCUCACAAGAAUAUCUUAAUUUCCCCUGUGAGCGUCUCCAUGGCCUUGGCCAUGAUGUCCCUUGUCGCCGUAGGCUCCAAAAAGAACCAGUUUUUCCAGGAUGUGGGCUUCAACCUCACAGAGAUCAGUAAAGAAGAGAUCUAUCAGAGCUUCGAGAAGCUCAGUCACCUUCUCAGCAAGGCAGACAGCAGCUUGGAGAUGCGCAUGGGCAAUACCAUGUUCCUUGACCAGAGCCUGAAUAUGAGGGACUCAUUCUUAACAGACAUCGAACACUAUCAUGAAUCAGAGGCCUUGACUACCGAUUUCAAGGACGGGGCUGAUGCCCGUGAGCAUAUCAACAGGCAUGUGGAGACUAAGACACAGGGAGAAAUUACACAUGUGUUCUCAGACCAGGAUAGUCCAGCUCCCCUCACCCUGGUCAACUACAAUGUCCUCAAAGGCAUGUGGGAGCUCCCCAUAAGCCCAGAGAAUACCAGGGAUGAGGACUUCCAUGUAAGCGAGAAUAGCACGGUCAGGGUGCCCAUGAUGUUCCAGUCAGGUGUCAUCGGUUAUCUUCAUGACUCAGAGAUCCCCUGCCAGUUGGUACAGAUGCAGUAUUUGAAAAAUGGGACUACCUUCUUCAUCCUUCCAGACGAGGGCCAGAUGGACGCUGUCACCGCUGCACUUCAUAGGGACACAGUUGAAAGGUGGGACAAGCUGCUGACCAAAAGGCUGGUGAACCUGUACAUCCCCAGAGUCUACAUGUCUGGUACCUACAACCUCGAAGAUGUGCUGGAGGGCAUGGGCAUUACAGGCUUAUUCACCAACCAAACAGAUUUCUUAGACAUCUCCCAGGAUCCUCCACAGAAAGCAUCAAAGAUAGUCCACAAGGUCAUGCUGCAACUGGAUGAGAAAGAUGAACCGCCUGUUACCACCACAGAGGCUCCCCCACAGACAACAUCUGAACCGCUCACCCUCACCUUCAACAAACCCUUCAUCAUCAUGAUGUUUGACAGCUUCACUUGGAGCAGCCUGUUGUUGGGCAAAAUCAUGAAUCCAGCUUAGUGCAUGCUGGAGAAGCUAUGGUACCGCCUGACUUUGGGGGGUAGAAGCCUUUCCCCAGUCUUCUCCAGGUUCUUCCGAACCCAACUAGGUAUCCCUACUUUUAGAUAUCCUGUAAUGUAUAACCAUUGUUGCUACUCCCAAGACAGGUCAACUGAUAAAGUAGCACUGAGAUAGAGGGAACUGUUAUUAAAGGGUGUUUUUGC